AUGUGCCUGGCUGCGGAGCAAACAGGUCUGGACGCCGCUAUGGUGAUUCGAGAGUGCCUUGCACCAACUGUGGAAGGCGUAUUGGCAGAAACAGACACACCAGUGAGCAGUACGACUCCUCCGGAGACCAGUCUCUUGUCCCUCCUUGAGUCCGCGGCUAAUCAAGUGUCGAUUACUGCCACAGCUAUGGAGCACGGAGAAUUCGACUUUGAUGGCACUAAGAAGCCCAAGACUCAAGAACCCAUAAUCCAACGCGCAAUUGCGUACAGGAAGGCCCAAUCCGAAUUGGAGAGCUGUCGGGGCAAGUUGGAGUUGAAAGAGGUGGAGUUGCUUGAGCUGAGGCGUGAGUUGAAGGCCCGCGUUGACGAGAUCUCCGAGAUGACCGUCCGCAUUAACAUGACCGAAAAGAAACUCGAGACUUCCGGUCGAGGGAAUCUGGAGAAGAUUGUGGAAUUAGAGGAUCGUUUACAGGCGAUGCAAAACCAACAGAAGAGGACGGAGAAGGAAUACGAGCAGACGAUUGACGGAAUGCAGACCGAUUUGGUGGAACUGAAAAAGGAGAACGCUGAAUUAAAGGAGAGUUUGCGAAAAACGGGCAAAUCAACCAUUGGUUUUGGCCUCAUGAAACCAUCAGGUCUCUCACCGGGAGAACUGAGUACCGAAGAAAUCGGCACACCGGUUAGUCCAGGUCCAAGAUCUCUGGCCUCAAAGAUCUCCGCUUAUAGGGACGCCUCAAAUUGGCUAGCUGAGGUGGGAAUGCUCACCAUUUAA